AUGGUACCAGACCAAGGUUAUGUCCGGGCUAGAGAACUUCUGGACGAGAGGUUUGGAGAUAGUUUUAAGAUAGGAGAAGCCUGGCUGAGGCGAGUGACAGAAGGCCCAAUAAUUACAAGUAACUGUAAGCAGUUAAGAGAGUACGCUGAUGAAUUGCAGUCGUGCACAGAGACACUAAGAGUGCUAGGUAUUCUUCAAGAGAUGAGUUCUCAGAGAGAGCUGCAGAAGGUAAUCGAGAGGCUACGCUAUGCAUUGAGGACUAGGUGGGUAAGAGAAGUGAAACGUAUCAGAGAUUUGGGGAGACCAUCAAACAUUUAUGAUGUUGUUGCUUAUGUUAAGAAUGCUGCUGAUGACAUGAGUGAUCCUGUCUAUGGAACAUUGCUUCAAGGAUCACAAGGUCGUAACUUCAAAGCCAAAGAAAAGACUUCUUCAUCUUUUCAUCACCAGCAAGCUCCAAAGUCCAACUUCUCAACUUCUCUCAGCUCAUCAAAGUGUAUGAUCUGUGGUGAUAAUCAUGGAUUGUUCAGCUGCCCACAGCUUAAGACUAUGAAUCCUGAACAACGAUUUCAAUAUGCUCGAGACCAGAAGUUGUGUUUCAACUGUAUUCAACCGGGGCACAUGUCAUUUAAGUGCUCAUUGAACCGUACCUGUUCUGUCAAGGGCUGUAAGAUGAAGCACACCAAGUUCCUUCAUACUGGGAGGCAGCUCGUAGCUAGUGAAGGAAGGUCUAGAGAAGGCAAGAAUUCUUCCAAGAAGACAGAGAAAGAUAGCAACUCAAACAGAAGACUGUGUGCCUGGUGA